AUGGCAGAGUUACAAAUCGAAAACUCCCACUCGGAAUCUUCUCAAUAUGAUGAACCGAAAGAUCAAGACAGAGUCGAAAAAGCGGUCCUUGCCACUUUCCCUGCGGCUCUUGCCUCCCUAAGCUUUGGUUACUGUCUGGGAUAUUCAUCGUCAGCUUUGGAGGAUUUACAAAAUGAUAAUACCUCCUUCAACAUCAGCCUAACGGCUGAACAAGCAUCCUGGUUCUCGGUAAGUUUGAUUUUUUAUCUCGAUGAAUUGAAGAAACUCCUAUAUUUUGUAAGUUGAGCCGUUGAAUCAGUCAAAUAUGUCCCUCUUUGAACAUAAAAAUAUUUUCAAAAGAUUACGCUUCACCUUAUUCUAAUUCUGUACAAGUACAGACACGGCAAGGCUAUGAAUAUCAUUUGACAAUCAUCUGAUGUUGUAACUUAAGAGACCGUUAUAGUGUAUUUCACGUAUUUGCAGCGUACGGACAUUAAUUUAUCUUCACCUUUCGUGAGCACUAAGACAUGGAAUGACCUACAACCACCUGAAACCACCUACAACCACCUAAAACCACCUAAAACCACCUAAAACCACCUAAAGCCACCUACAACCAAUAGUAAUAAUUUCUAAAAAUACUUGAGCCCUGCGAUCCAUUUGAAUCAUUAACUGGUCAGCGGCCGCCUUCCAUCAAAGGAAAAACGCUCCGUUUCGGAGGCUUUUCGCGUUUCGCGCGGAUCAAAAUAAAAACUGACCGAAAAGCCUCUGGCACACAGGGUAAGCCAAGAAUUAAAAUCGGAACAAGUUAAUGCCAGCGUGUCGUAAGUUCCGAUAGCUGAUUGACUUGAUCUAUUUCGCAUUUUUCGGAACUAUAGGCUACAUGCAUCUCGCGAUAUUUGCAAGUUUUGUUUAUCACACAACGUUUCAAAUGUCACUGUUCUUUUCGUGGUUUCCUAUUCUCGGUCAAUUUAAUUUUUUUCUCUAAAUAAUACCAACUUAUUGUAAAACGGUUUGUUUCCUUUGCUGUACACACGCUCCGCAGCCCGAUUUGAAGCAAUUUCAGAUGGUUAGGAUUGCUCGGAUUUCCCAGAGGCAAAUCACCCCUAAUGUUAUAUUACGCAACCUCGUCAAAUUUCUGACUACCCGCUUGGUGUCCCGUUUACCUCUGUCAGACGUUGAAAAAAGCUGACCUCGAAAACGUAGUUUAAGUAUUACUCGAAAAGUCUUAAGGCUCUUGGUGCUGCUCCUGUGUAAACAAUUUUCUUUGUGUUUUUCCCUGGUCAUGCGAGCCAUCGGAUGGGCAAAUGUCGCAGACAGUGACUUAAUUUACAGGGGUAUUAGUUUUCGCUAUCGAUGGAAACCGCGAGACAGGACAACAUUUCCCGUGUGUAUUUACAUUUGUCAACAAAAUUGUCAAAAAAAACGUCCAAAAUGAUAAAAAAAAUAGUAUUUUGAAGGUGGUUGUAGGUGGUUUCAGGUGGUUUCGGUGGUUUUAGGUGGUUGUAGGUGGUUUUAGGUAGAUUUAGGUCAUUCCAUGCUUUUAGUAACUAUCCUUUAGCUUCCAGUUGGCAAAAUUAGGGAUCUAAAAAUGGAACACGAGGCGCGUGUCUAAUUCUUACUUAAAUGCUCAUCACAUACGUGUAUUUCGGUAGAGAGUUAUUACUUAGUGGUAGAGACCACAUGCUGAAUAGGUCAAAGGCGACCCAAGCUCACGUCUCGAGAAAAAGCAAACGAUUAACUAACACGGUUAAUCAUGAAAGCGUCAGGCCUUGAAGGCGUGACGCUUGUUGUGUGACUCGGUGUUAAGUUACGAGAGGAACCGUUGAGAAUUUGAACACGUUAGAAGGAAUAGUAUGGGAAACGAAAUAUGGUCGAUUUGCAACGAUAAAUAUUUCGAAAUAUGAACAUUUUACACGUAAAAUCAAUAAAAGUUACUCCCAUCCUAUGUAUCCUUUGUAGUUUCUGUUGAUUUCUGCCGUUUUAAGCGUGCUUUUCCAUCACUGCUAUUGUUGUCGAAAGAUAACAGUAGAAACCAGUUCUACAAUAUUUUUGGUAAAAGUCGAAACUCUAGGACUUUUUCUCCUUUACAAUGAACAUGCCAUUUUCCUUUUUUUUUUUCCUUUUCUUGUGUUUCUUUUUGUCCUUUUAUGUUAGAUUUCUUCAUUUCCGUUUUAUUUCCAGUGUAAUUAAAUUAAGUUGGUAAAAAAAAAAAUUUUGAAAUUUAAAAAAAUUGACCCGCCUCGAUUAGCAUUUGUUAUUUGCGGGUCAAAGGAAUGUCUUGUAAAUAUGUCAGAAAAUAAAAAAAUAAAAGUAUGAAAAGUGUGAAUUAGUCGAUAAACACGAUCGAAGCACUUGAAUGUAAUUCGUUAGGUUUUUACUAAAAGGCACUUUGAGAUUGUUAGAUGAUAAAGGUUCUUGAUCCUUAUUUACAGUCCUUGAUUGCUUUUGGUCUGAUUAUUGGAUGUCUGAUCGGUGGAUGGGCAAUUGAAAAGUUUGGUCGAAAGGGCACCACGAUGAUGUGCUCCGUACCUUUCGUCCUAGGAUGGCUCCUUAUCAGUUAUACCAAGAGUGUUGCCAUACUUUACGCUGGUAGAUUCAUCACAGGUGUGGCGUGUGGCGCUGUCUCCUUUACUGUUCCAGUGAGUAUUGACGACUCUUCGUUGCAUGUCGUUCGUGAAAAGAAGGAUGAGGUUAAGUCUGCGCUCUGGCCAACAGUCCCACACUAUCGAAGUUUAUCCGGUUUCCGCAGCAUGAAGCAAACAAAGGUUUAGUCAUUCACCCUGGAUGGGACGCUUGUCCCUAGCAGGUUACCCCAAUAAAUUCGUUAAGCUUCCCUGACAGUUGAUAGGUGCCCAUUUAUACUCUCGUAUGGAGAGAGGCAGUACAUAGUAUACUGACUGAAGUCACUGACCUUCAAACAAGACACAGUGUAUGUCCCGCCCAGUUUUCAAACAAACACCUUUCGACCGGAUUUCGGAGUAUUAACUGUCAAGCCACCGCAUUCGUAUUGAAAAGAAAGGAAGGAUUGAAACAGAGAUGAUGAGUUUUUGAAGACUUCCUUUGCCCAGUGAGAAAAACUGGCCGGGGUCAAAGUCUGAAGGUCUGGGUUUGACACCCGGCCUGCUCAUUGUGUUGUGUUCUUGGGCGAAAAACUCAGGAGUAUAAAAGGGUAACGGCGAAUUGGCCAUUUUCGAUACAUUAAAAUUCAAACUUGGCUUCGAGGCUUGGGGAAAUAAAACAAAAGAAAUCCCAUCGAGGUUGAGGGAUGAAUGAUUGAUUUCGUUUGUUUUUUCCCCCAUAGCAUCGGAGCCGAUGAUGUUAGAAUUUUAACGUAUCGAAAAUAGCCAGGAGCUCCAGAAAUGGCUUAUUGUCAGGAAAGCCCAGUAAAAAAGGUGGGAGUAAAAUUGCCAUAGACUGGUAUCCCAACCAGGGAGGAGUAGUAAAACUCCUUGUCGCUUCACCGGGAUAAGCUUCGGUUGCAUAAGCUAUUAAGCUCGAAUACAGACUUCACCUGAACUGGCUAACCUUUUUGCGGAUUUUGUUAAUCUUGAUCAUCGUCAAACAGUUAUCUUCUUUUUUCUUUCUUUCAUCAGCGUUGUAAAAUAAAAAGUAGUUCAUUUUUAAGUUGCCUUUGUGAAAGAGCUGUAUAUGUCCCCCGUUAGGUGUACAUUGCCGAGAUUGCAGCCGCCCGAGUGCGUGGAGUGUUAGCUAGCCUCAGGAGCCUGAGUUUCACAUUAGGCGUGUUGAUAUGCCUGGCAACGGGCGUCCUGUGUCAUUGGAGGUGGCUGGCUUUUAUUGGUGCAAUUCCUCCAACGCUGGUCCUUAUUCUGAUGAUUCCCAUGCCACAGUCCCCUCGCUGGUUACUGGGAAAGAACCGAACGGAUGAAGCGCUGGAAGUCCUAUUGUGGUUACGAGGUCCAGAAGCGAACAUAAAGGAGGAGUGUUCCAACAUUAAAGACACCUUAAGUAAUAACCUAAUUCAUCACCCCUCAAGAGGUUCAUUUUUUAUAGGCAAAGAAAAGACGACGAGUGAAGUCGAGGAAAGAGGGGGAGGGGGGAGGGGGGGGGCAUUAACUCGUUGUGACAUAGGACGAAAUUUUAUAAAGGUGCAACUUGCCAACGAACUGAAUUGACCUCUAAUUAAAAUUGUUGGAAUUUUAGGACUGGCCGUUUCACCAGUUUCGUUUCCACUCUCCAAUCCGUUGUGGACCGAUAGAAUGAAUUAACGCCUCCAAACUGAGAUUGAGUCUGCUUCGAGAACACAUAAACUGUGCGUCAAUUAUGAUGGAGAAGAGUCUGUCCAAUUUUUUUUCAGGCGUUAUUUCUAAUUUCACUUUAAUUUCAUGUUUACUCUUUUACUUUCUACUAACGUAGAUAAUGGUACGGGCAGCAGGCUCCUGGUACAGGUUAUCAUAUGAUUUCGAGUGCAACUGAGUAGAAAAGCAUGGGUAAAUUUUUCAAAGACCAAUAAAAUUUCACAAGAACAAUUAAUAUAGACAGGAUGAAAUUAAAAAAAGAGGUUUGUUACAAUUAUGCAAAAGAAUUAUAGACAAGCGCUUUAAUCCCAUGAAAAAAUCAAUUUUUCAAAAAUAGCAAAAUGUCGUUGAGCAUCCGCUCAACGAUCAAAAGAACAAUUUCAUUUACUUUUUCUCUUUUUUUAAGUCACAAGAAGUUCAAGGCUUUUUUUCUUCUUUUUUUUUUCAGAUCGUCAAGGGAGGCUAAAGUGUACAGAUAUUGGAACGCCCACAAUAGCAAAGCCCUUAAUUAUUAGCGUCGGGAUUUUUAUGUUUAUGGAAUUCUCUGGAACAGAUGCAAUACUCUUCAAUGCGGCAAAUUUAUUCAAAAUUGUGGGCAUCGCAAAUGAGAAGCUCGUCGCAAUAUCUGUGGGUAUUUCUCAACUCAUCGGUAAUAUUUUGUCGUGUUUCCUCGUGGACAAAGUAGGAAGACGAAAGCUUCUGUUGACCUCUGCUCUCGUAAUGUCCUUGUCCCUAAUAACACUGGGCGUGUUCUUUGCCAUCUUUAUCCCUGCAGUUGAUGGAGGCUUCGCAACAGACGCAGACACUUCAUCUGGUUCCACCAGUCCACCGGCCGAAGAGAUUUCCUGGCUUCCAGUCUCUUCUAUUUUUCUUUUCAAUGUGAUGUUUUCCCUGGCGUGGGGGCCACUUCCGUGGGUUUUAAUCUCAGAAAUAUUUCCUCUCCGCGCACGUGGAUUUGCUUGCAGUUUUGCGACCACGGUGUUCGGAGUUACGCAGUUUAUUGUUACCAAAACGUAUCACUCUAUGGCCGCUGCGUUUACUAUCCAGGGUGUUUAUUGGGCUUACGCUGGUUUUUGUAUGCUAAGCUUCUUGUUUGUUUAUCUCCUUCUACCCGAGACAAAGGGAAAAACCUUGGAAGAGAUUGAAGAUCUUUUCGACAGACCGGUUAAACAAACAUACGAAAGUAUACAUUGA